AAAUUGAGUUAGUUGCGAUUUUAACGGCGACCCGCGCGCAUUCAUCGCGGUCACAUAAAGUUGGCAGUGAAGUACAUUCAGCUCCAUCCUUUGCUGUAUGCCAGUCAGUGCUUGUCAAACUGUACAGCCAUAAUUAUAACAAAGAGCAGCUUAUAUAAAACCGUUCAUUGCCAUUGCUCUAAUCUAGUGCAAUAAAACUGUUGUCGUCUACGCUUAACGAAUGUUACGAGAUCUAAUUGUUGUUAUUAUAAUUAUUUCCCUUUUGACGUGAUAAGUAAAAGUUUUACAAUUUCGGCAAGCCAACCGAGUCCAGAGAGCACAUGCAUACCAUAUUUGUCUGUGACUCGUAAACAUUAUAUACACCAUGGACGCACUUAAAAGAACAAUUUGAUUUGCAGCCAAUUGGAAUUCAAACGGCAAGAAAACAACAAUAGCUGCCAAGAUACAAUUUCCGCAAAGCAUUUUUUUAAGUAAACGAUAAACAACGGCAACAACAAAAACAAAAACAACCGCAAGUGAAAUAAACGUAAAUUAUAAUUAUGCCAAAAUGAGCGCCGUAGCAACAACAAAAACAACGGAAAGACAACAUAAUUUUAUGAACAGCUAUUACAGCCGGCGAAACAGCAUGCGCGUCUUAACAGCGCAACUGCUGUUAGUCAUUGGCCUUCUGCUGUUUGAAUGCUCGGUGAGCGAAGCCAGCGAUUUGAGAGCUGUUAAUGGGUCUAGAGCUAGCACAUACUGUUUGUACCAGGAGCAAAAUAGUACCCAUCAGAAAGAGCAGGGUGCUGUCUGGUUUGAUGCACAGGACAAUUGCUUGGUUUACACGUGCGCCGCAGGAGUCGGCAAUGAGCCACAGGCACACAUAGUCGUCACCCAGAUUGAUUGCAAUGAGUUUUACUGUGAUGUGGGCACCGAGCUGCGAAAAACUUCGGGUAGCUGUUGCGGGGAAUGCGUGCGCACCCACUGCCAGCACAACAAUACCCUGUAUGCGGUGGGCGAGUCCUGGCACAACGAUGCCGACUGUACGUUACUCGAAUGCGUUCGCCGGGACAAUGGCGAAAUUGCAAUUAAUAGCUACCAGCGCAGCUGUCCGCCAAUCGACCCAAGCUGCCCGCCGGAGCGUAUCUAUAGGAAUAGCUGUUGUUUCGUUUGUCGGCCGUUGGCAUCGCCGCGCAUCGAGCAGCUGGCUGAUAUUGAGCAGACGCAAGAUAUGUGGACAGCCGAAUGGUAUCGCCAGCAUCCAUGCGUGCGCGAUUGCCAGGUGGAUGCUGCGCCAAUGACGUGCCACUAUACAUUUGUCGUCGAAUGGUAUCAGACGUUCUCGAAGGCCUGCUUUGACUGCCCGCUGAAUCUGACAGACUGCUCGCGGCCGCACUGCAUCAUGGGCGAUGGACUGGAGCGCAGCAUAACCGUUGUCAAUCGCAUGAUGCCCGGGCCAGCGAUUGAGGUAUGCGAGGGCGAUCAAAUUGUGGUCGAUGUGAAGAACAAUCUGCUGGGCGAGAGCACCACCAUACACUGGCAUGGACUGCAUCAGAAGAAAACGCCCUAUAUGGAUGGAGUGCCGCACAUAACCCAGUGUCCCAUUUCGCCGCAUGCCACCUUCCGCUACAGUUUUCCGGCGGACAACCCGGGCACACAUUUCUGGCACUCACACACGGGCAUGCAGCGCGGCGAUGGUGUCUUCGGAUCGCUUAUUAUACGCCGCCCCAAGAAUUCGGAGCCACAUGGCGGCCUUUACGAUUUUGAUCUCAGCGAGCAUGUGCUGGUCGUCCAGGAUUGGAUACACGAUACGGGUGCCAGCAUCUUUGCCUAUCACCAUCAUUCACGCGGCGACAAUAAGCCCCACAAUAUUCUCAUCAAUGGGCGUGGUCGUUAUUACAAUCGCAUUUGGGCGGACAUGAAGAGACAGCAUCGCAUGGCAGCAGAGGCGGCUCCCACGGCAGCCCCAGCCGAAGCACCCAAAAUGACCAAGCUAACUCCAACGAACUUAAACUUAACGGCAGCAUCGAGCAGGGAUCCUGUGCAGCCAGCAUCCAAAAGCCCUUCAGCGGCACCAACGCCACCAAGUCUGGUCAAAUUGCUGUCGAAUGAAGCGCGACAGAGCAACAGCAGCAAAGCAAACGGCAGCGGGUCGUUGCCCGAUCCGGUUGUCCAUUCGCGUCAGCGGCGCGGCAAUCUGCAAGAGAUACCAUUGGAGCAGAUACCGCAUCAGGUAUAUCAUGUGCGAAGGGGCUUUCGGUAUCGCUUUCGCAUCGUUAACGCCGAGUAUCUGAACUGCCCGAUUGAGGUAUCUGUGGAUAAUCACACGCUGACUGCCAUCAACUCGGAUGGCUAUGAUAUUGAGGCCAUGGAAGUGGGCUCCAUUGUAACGUAUUCGGGAGAACGUUUUGACUUUGUGCUGAAUGCCAAUCAGGAGGUGGGCAACUAUUGGUUGCGUCUCAAGGGUCUCAUGGACUGCAGCGAGAGAUUCACUUCAGCCUUUCAGGUGGCCAUACUAAGGUAUGAAGGCGCUGUCGAAAAUGAGCCCAGCGCUGAGCUGGGCUAUGCACACAAUGCCACGGGCAUUCAGCUGAAUGUAAUGAAUCGUGGUCCCGGCUAUACGGAUACCAAGACGGUGGCCGAGAUGAGGGCAUUGCCCAUAUACGACAAGGUCUCCGGCAUUGAUGAUGAUACACUGAAGCCAGAGGCGGACUAUAAGUUUUAUGUGUACUACGAUUUCUAUCGCAAGGAUAAUCCGGAAUUCCAUCACAGCGACUACUACGGCAUGGACACGAAUGUGACCAAGGAGAAUAUAUUGUAUACGCCACAGCUGAAUCACAUUUCACUCAAGUUUCCCGCGGUGGCACUGCUGCCACAACGCCAUCAGCUGACCGACGAGCUCUUCUGCAAUGAGACAACACUCGCCCAACAAGGCAUCGAUUGUCGUGAGCAGUUCUGCAAGUGCCAUCAUGUGCUGCAGGUGCCAUUGAAUGCUGUCGUGGAGCUGAUCAUUGUGGACGAGGGCUUCACUUUCUAUGCCAAUCAUCCGUUUCAUUUGCAUGGCAAUGCGUUCCGUGUCGUUGGACUGGAGCGUCUGGGCGAGAAUGUGACCAUCGAAAUGAUCAAGCAGCUGGAUCAGUUUAAGUUGCUCAAGCGCAACUUGAUCAAUCCUCCUGUCAAAGACACGGUCACAGUGCCCGAUGGAGGUUAUACGAUCAUACGCUUUGAGGCCUACAAUCCGGGCUAUUGGCUCUUCCACUGUCACAUCGAAUUCCAUGCUGAAAUCGGCAUGGCCCUGGUUAUAAAAGUGGGUGACGACGAUAAAAUGGUACCGGUGCCGCGCAAUUUUCCCACCUGUGGUGAUUAUGUGCCCGAUUCCCGCACGAAUCUGGAAACAUCGCCCCCAAUUGACAUACCUGGCAGCCCAACGACCUCAGCGCCACCCACGAGAGACACAUCAACCAGAAACCUGGCAACGGGUUUGCCAUUUAUUAUCCUCAUGUUAACAAUGCUACAGUUGGUGAGCAUGCGUUGAGCGCAGAGCCUAAAACCCAAUGCAAUCAUGACACUUGUCCAGUUUUAAGUCAACUCUAAUCACAAUUUUCCGCUUAGGUUGUGUACGACAUUUUCCCAUAACUAAAGCCCUUUCAUUAGGGCUUGCUGUUAACUUUAAUGAUCACUUUAACAUUGUCUUGAAUUCAAUAGGUUAAUAUAUCUGCCUGUUAAAAUAUAACAUUCAGUUUAACAACAUGUUCGUGUUAAGUGUGGCUUGCACUUUGUGCAGGGCUGCUGUUAAAUCAGGAAAUCGCUUUAAUUCAGCAAACACAUUUAUCUGCCUGUUAAAAGUGUCACAUAAGUGUUAGUUAACGCGCUAUUUCAGUGUUGCCAGCUUGCAAAAAGGAUUGCAAUAAGUUAAGUGGCGUUGCCACAAUUAAAAAAAAGUUUGUAUCACUUCAAAAAGAUUUAACCUUUUCCUAACCUAUAUAAAGUUUGAUAGAUAUAUGAAAAUA